AUGCAGUGUGAGGAAGGCAAGGAAAGUCGCAGACUCUCAGACUCACUAAAACAUUCCAUAGACACCCAAGAUCAAUACCCACGAAUGGACCUGGACUCUGACCCAAGUUCCAAGCCUCUAAUUCUAGUAAAAUUGUGGUGCCUUCUCAUCGUCUUCGUCGCCGCGCUCGUCGCCGGUGUGUCGCCGUACGUGGUGAAGUGGAGUGAGGGGUUUAUUCUGCUGGGGACGCAGUUCGCUGGCGGCGUGUUUCUGGGUAUCGCUCUGAUGCAGUUCCUGAGCGAUUCCGACGAGGCUUUCGAGAAUUUGACGGCGAGAAGCUACCCCUUCGCUUUUAUGUUGGCAAGUGUGGGAUAUUUGCUCGCCAUGCUGGCCGAUUUUGUCGUUGUCUCUGUUUAUGGGAAGCACAGCCCUAGUGAUUCUGAGGGUUUUACGGUUCAAGGGAGUACCCAGCAGAGGAAAUCUAUUUAUAGGGCGGGAACAUCACAGUCGCAGAUUCAGCAGGUUGAGGAUGAAAUUGAUCAUUUUACUAAGGCCCUACUAUUCAGAGUAAUUUCCUUCGGGGACAGUGUAUUGUUGAUUACUGCCUUGUGUUUCCAUUCUGUAUUUGAAAGCAUUGCAAUAGGAGUUGCAGACACAAAAGCUAGGACUUGGAGAGCCCUUUGGACUGUGACCCUUCACAAGGUUUUCACUGCAAUUGCAAUGGGAAUAUCCAUCUUAAGGAUGAUACCUGACCAUCCUCUCGUGUCAUGUAUUGCUUAUGCCUUUGCCUUCGCCAUCUCAUGUCCUGUUGGUGUUGCCAUAGGGAUAGUAAUAGAUGCCACUGCACCUGGUAUCAUUGUUCGCUGGAUCUUUGCUGUUUUUAUGAGCCUCGCAUGUGGGGUUUUCAUUUAUAUCUCUGUUAAUCAUUUGCUUGUCAAGGGUUACUUUCCCCAAAGAACGGUUAUGCUUGAUAGUACUCAUCGCAAAUUUCUAGCUGUGGUUUUGGGGGUUGGAGUAAUUGCAAUUCUAAUGAUUUGGGAUGAGUCAACUAGUGCUUGUGGAUGA